AUGCUCAAAUGGAAACCGAUGAAUAGCAGCCCGCUCGAGACGUGGAUCCACAAGAGCGGCAAAGUAGUGCUCUCGGGUGACUCUUGUCCUUCCAUGCCUUCAUGCCGCGCACAAGGCGCUGUCAUGGCUGUAGAAGACGCGGGUGUCGUAGACAGCCUCUCAACCACUCUCUCUUCCUCCUCCACAUGGCGUUCUUUUUACACGUAUAUGCGGACGCAUGAGACGAAAGACGCGGAUAUGCACCCGGCGAUGGAGGCGGAGAUGAGCGGGGAUGUAUUGGAGGCUGAGGGGAGCCAGAAUGAGUGGGCGGAUAGGAAGGCAUGCAGGGUGCAGUUUGGGCAUGAUGCCAAGUGGAUGUGGAGAGACGACGACUGA